AGAUCUAUUGACCACUGGUCGGAUCCUUCCGAUGCUUGGUCAUCGGUGUGAUGAUGUCAUCUCUGCCUCCUGUACCUGAAUUCCGGGAUGCUGAUCAGUACUGGCAACCUCUAUUAAGUAACGGUGUCGAGAUUAUUCGGCCUAAACCACGCCGCUUGGGGGACAUGAAUCAGCACAGUGGAACAAACGCGGGUGCUUUUUGUAGAAGUUCUAACCGAGAAGGAAUUUAUGUGGGAACUCCGUUAAAAUUCUUAAACAAAGACUUGAUGGGAGGAUCUGCACCUAUGUUAGUGAAAUCUUCAAGCAAGGAAGCUAUACAGUUUUCUAACAAGGACCAGACUACUAACUCUGGCUUAUCGUCGUCCCAAACAAAGAGUUUCUGUUCUAGUAAUCAUUCUCGUUUCUCUUCUGGUAAAGAGAAAGUACCAGCCAUCCCUUCAUGCUCUAGGGAUGUUUGUACUGGUGGAUCUCAGCAACCACGAGGAUCCACAAAGGAUAUGUCGGGAAGUCUCAGCUCCUCUAAUUUUACAUCUAGAAGCAACUUGAGCAUGCUUCCUCAUUCAAGGAGUUCUCCUGGCUUGGUCAUCCAAAGUUCCCGAAUUUCUCGAGCCACAAAAUGUUUGGCUACUGAACCUCAUAGCUCGAGAGUCUCACCAUCUACCAAGUUGAUUAUUUCAGACCCCCAAACGUCUAGAUCAUCACCCGCUUCCAGAUCAUUGAGUGUUGAAUCAAGUGGUUGUAAGGCGCCUUCUGCGACAAGAAACUUGGCUUUCGAAGUAUUAAGUUCUAGAAUGAACGCUGUUGUAAAAACCGUAACAAACGAAAAUGCAGUUUCUCAUUUACCAGUUGAAAACCAGAAUGGUAUUCGGCCCAUUUCGAGCCAUUGUUCAUGGGAAAAUCACCGAAUUGAAGAAGAGGAUGAAGGUAUUCCUCCCGAUGGCCACUUGUCACCUUACAGAGAUUCGGCUUCAAACACUGACUGUGGGUCUUUAAGUAAAAGUUCAUCAGAUGGUGAUCCAAUAAUCUGUCGACGACGACCACCAACGAGACUAAAGUCUCGGAGACGGAAUAUUCUGAGCUUUCCAAAUAUGCUUAGUGUCGACAAUUCCAAGGCUCUUCAGAGGCGCCAAGAAUGCUGUGGGGGAUCAUCUAGUGAUGAAAACAGGUCGUCUGGACAUGCCAGUAUGAGCGACGGCCAGUCAUCCUAUGUCAGUUCGUCACCUACUGAAAGGCCAAUGGUCAAGAAUCUUGAUUUAGGGCACUUUAGCAAAGUGGUUGAUUCGGGAAGACGUGAUCAUCGUGGGAAUAGCGAUUUGCGAACAAAUCAUCAACACAGAAGCUGUGAUGCCAAAGGCUUGUCAUCACGAGAGCCUCAGCUGAAAGUAGUUCCAGAAGACGACAAGUUGCCGACUCACAGUUUCCAUCAUGCUGGACUAAGUAAAUCGUCUGGACGACGUUCCGGGCCGUCUCGGAGAAGCAGUCGAGGCGCUAUGGCUAGAGAUGACUCAACCCUUCAGUUGGAAGGAACUGGCUUGGAAGACAUACGCAAUGCUAUUGAACAACUGUCGGUUCGCACACAUGGUUCUCGAACAAGCUAUUCUACGUCUACUUACUCUUCAGUGAGUGGGAGUGAGUCGGAACCUGUUCGAAGGCUAAUACGACACUCCAGUCUUGAGACUCUAAAUACUAACAUUACUAGUGCGGACGAAUUUGUGUGGCUUGAUAGUCACAACCGCUUGGUGGAGCUGCAACAGUGUCCGUGGUCUAAUCACGAUGUUUUGAAAGUUAUUCAGAAUGGUCGCUUAAAAGAAUCUCUGAGUCUUAUUUCUAUGGAAACUGUACCAAGAUUAGCACAUCUUUUACAACGACCUCUAGUUCGCGUGGCACGCGAGGCUCAAAGAUUCUCCCGCAGUUUGGGAAUGUGUAGCAAGCAAGAAAUUAGUGGUGCCUUAAAAGUGGUUCUCUCGCCCGCUUUGGCUGAUAGCUGUAUAAAGGCUUGUCAUCGCAGUGCAGCCAUCUAUACAGUUAGUGGGGACCACUUGCGGCUCAGCAAGAGUACACGUGCGGGUUUACAGUUUUCUGUAGGUAGAUUCCAUAGAUGGAUGUGUGACGUCAGAGUAGGAACCUUUAUUCACGAAUAUUCCGCUAUUUACCUUACUGCAGCAAUGGAAAAUUUACUGGAAGAAAUCUUACUCCUUUGUUUACCAUCGGAACCCACAGAAGGCAACAACACCUUGACAGCUUCCUUAUUGGAUAUUUCCAUCGCAGAUAAUAGUGAGUUGUGGGGAUUGUUGCAGAAUUUCUCACACCUGAAUUCAGGCAGAACAGCAUCCGGAGCCUUGUCUCUCCCAAGAUGGCCAGGGAAAUUAGAAGGAAGAAGCCGGUCAAAUAGUCAGUCUGAAGAGCAAACGAGACCUCCAUCAAAAUCGACAGAACACAGUCUUUUAACUACUUGUGUUGGAAGUGUUUCAGAAUUGGGUGAUCUUUUAGGUCGAGUGAUCCAACAUCAGACCAGGAUGACGGGAGUUGCUGCUAGUAAGCAGAGUGUAGCAUGGGGACCAGGAGCUUUACAUACUCUCUACUACUACAUGCGUUGCUCCCAGUUGGAGCAUGCUGAUCCUACUUGUUCAAAAAAUGCUGUUCAGGAACUUGUCUAUGAAAGGCCUUAUCUUGUGUUACCUCCCUUGAUUGAGUGGGUGACAGUUGCCACAGCUCAUGCUGAAUAUCGGAGAGGUCAGGUUGUUGACAGAGAUGAUGUAAUGCAGGCUGCCAGGCAACUCCUACCAGGAGUUGACUGUCCAAUCAGACAGUUUGGGAGCUAUGAUGAAAAACUGUAUGCUAGAAGACAGAUGGAGGAAUCAGAGUGUGCUCGACUUUUGAAGAUGGAUCUCGCUUUCCGCAUGCUUACCAGUGGUCGUACUGACCUAAUGCCUCAUGCUUUACAGUUGUUGCCUCCAACUAAAAUCAACACCAUCAAUGAACAAGGCCUCACUCCUUUGAUGUUGGCUUGUAUUCGUGGUGAUGAAGCGAUGGUUCAGAUCUUACUAAAUGCAGGGGCAGAAGUAGAUAUUGAGACACCUUUGUGUAAUGGCCACUAUCAAAGUGUGAACCCCGAAACACAGCACUGGACAGCACUAACCUAUGCUACAACCCAUGGUCAUUUAUCUAUCACCAAACUUCUUCUAGAGAAACGAGCCAGUGUUGAAGGUGGAGCAAGACUUAGUGAAGACAAAAUUACCCAGACACCACUACAGUUAGCUGCAUCCUCUGGAAAUUUGGAUCUGGUGAAUGUUUUGUUGUCAUAUGGAGCCCACCCAUUUCUUUCGACAAUGCUGAGGGAUUCUUUGAGCUAUGGUGGAGCAGCCCAGCGGGGCUGCUACAGUGCCAUAGCUGUAGCAGCUGCUCAUGGGCAAAGAAUGAUUCUGCAUAAACUUUUAUCACACCCAAUAUCUAAUAGCAGCAAGGAAGUGCUUUCUCUUGAAGAAAUUUUAGCGGAAGGAGCUAACCAAUUAACUAGCGAAAGAAGGCCUGCUAGACUUCAGAUUAUGCCUGUGUCUGUGGAUGACCUGAACCAUUCAAAUACUGAAGGUCACAUCAGUAACUCGGAAAAUGCUCAGUUCAUCAGACUUACAAAGACUCAGUUGAAAGCACUUCAGGAGGCCAUGUAUCAAAGUGCAGAGAACAGCCACUUGGAAAGCACAUUAGACCUCAGGAGCAUAGGUGUGCCCUGGACCCUCUAUUGUUGGAUGCAGACAUUAGCUACAGCUUAUGAGAAUCAUCUUGGGAAUAUCAUAGAUCAGAUUCUUCAGGACUUUGUACAAGUCUGGCUUGAAGACUGUUGUUCGCAGUUUGUGGAUGAAUGUUUACCUUUGCUUUUCACAAUCUUCAGACAUAGCAAGAAUGAAGGAACAAGCCUUCUACUUGCAGACAUCUUUUCUACUUGUUAUGGAAAGGAGUUUAUAAAAGAGAUUCAUAAUGUUUCUCUUGUUGGAGGAGCUAGAAUCGAUUCAAAAUAUGUCAACAAUCCUGAAAUGUCUGAUGUCCAAUUUAAAGUUGAGGGCCGAGUUUUCUAUGCCCACAAGAUCAUUUUAGUAAAUGUUUCUCCUCGAUUUAAAGCGAUGCUAUCAAAUCCAAGUGAUGGAAUGACUCCUAUCGUUCAAAUUAAUGAUAUUCGUUAUGAUAUAUUUCAGCUUGUAAUGCAGUAUCUGUAUAAAGGAGGUUGUGAAGAAUUUGAAGUGGAUCAAAACGAUAUACUUGAGUUGAUGGCAGCAGCAAAUUUCUUUCAGCUUGAUGGUUUAUUACGCUUCUGUGAAGCCAGAUGUUCCAAGUUUGUCGAUCUUGAUUAUGUUUGUGUCAGUGAUGUAAAAGUAGCACCGAUGAAAAUGACGAUGUUUCAAAAAAACAUUCACAUUCAGGUUUUUUUCCAUCUGUGCUAUUUUGUAUAUUAGUCUUCAUGCUGAACUAGGAGAUUAUUGACCAUUUUUGUUAAUCAUGAAGAUUGUUCAAAUCAUCUAUAAAAGAAUUUGAAGGACUAUCUUAGUAACCAACUAUCUCUUGGACUUAAGUGUCUGAGAAACUUAAUUUAAACAACUGAAGAUUGUUUUUGAGAGAAAACAAUUUUGUGCAUUAAACAUAUUUAAGAGUAUCUUGUAAAGGAGACAUUUUUUUUCUCCAUAUUUUCUCAAAAAUACGAGUGUGUGUGUGUGUGUGCCAAAUUGUUAAAAUCCUGUUUUCAAAUGUAUUUUAAAUAAUGACACUUUUUUUUUUAAUACUUGAUAAUUCUCAGGUAAGUUUUUUCAUUGUAUAUUCUAGUUUGUUUAGAGAUCUCU